UUGGUUUAACAUGUCCCUUUGAUCACAUUAUUCUCAGGGGCACCAUCAUUUCUGUCCAGGCCUGUUUCAUGAGUUUUGUUUUAUUUUUAUUUUUAAUCCUGUUGGAGCAUGGCUGAAAAACAGUGUCUGACUUUCAUUUGUUCAUUUGUUUAAAAUUUGUUUCUUAUUAUUACUUUUGUCAGGUUCAAGUUAUUUCUGUGACCACUGGUGGUUUUUCUUUCAUUAAAUGAGGGUUACUAAUAAUUUUGUCCACUGUUUCUAUGUUGCAUAAAUAGACAAUGUGCUUUUAAAGUGUAAAAAAAGGUGCAGUAAGGUAAGGUAUGUAAAAAGUUCCUGUCGUUUAGUGUAGCAAAGCUUCCAAGUUUCAACAAAUCUUUUUUGUCUUUUGUUUUGUUUUUUUUAUUUUGGGUCAUGAUGGACGAUUGACAAUCCCAACAUGUUARAUGAUAUGUAAAAACACUGGGUGGCAGAAACCAGACGACACCUGUGCCUCAGCUGGCGUCCACUGUUAAUUUGCCUGUGACCAACGCUGUGUGCCUCUGAGACCACUGUGGUCAGGCUUCCACCACCUGCAAGUCACACACGGAGGGUGACGUUUUUAUAUCUGGGGCCGCAAAAGCUGGCUUUGGAGUUGGUUGAUGCGACAGCCAUGAGAAACUGAACAUCUGCUGAAAUAAAUCCAACUCUGAACAUCAUGGCUUCAAAGGAAACUGCAGUAAAGUGCCUCCUUCCAUCAGCCYURCCAYCCAUGCUUGUCUUCAUCGUGUUCAUGCCAGUUUUGAGCGGCACAGUCCAGGUGAACUGCUCCAGACCAGACCAGCAGAGCCUGCUGGCAGCUUUGAAUCCUGUUUUCAGCUUGAGUGCCAUCCGGCCCGUCCAAAACCAAAUGACCAUAACCAACAUCAGCGUGUACUUCACUCUGUACGGGAUAUUAGGAGUGGAUGAAAAGGCUCAACUUCUCAACACUUACAUCUGGUUGCACUAUUGGUGGAUGAAUGAGUUCAUCAGUUGGGACUCGAUCCAGUGUGGUACUGACAAGAUUACUCUUCCGAAAGACAAAUUUUGGCGUCCGGAUAUUGUUAUCAAUGAGUUCAUGGAUGAAAACAAAGCCCCAUCCGUCCCGUACGCCUUCCUGUACAGCGACGGCAAAGUGCACGACGCACUCCCUGUCAAAGUCGUGAGCUCCUGCAACCUCAAUAUCUACACCUUUCCCUUCGACACCCAAAAGUGCUCUAUGACUUUCAACUCCUACCUCUACUAUGCUCUUGAGAUCAAGAUUUUCCUUGGGAAACCUGCAAACGAGAUCACAGCAGAUUCCAAGUCUGUGAUGACCACCAUGGGAGAAUGGGAGCUGUUGGAUAUCACUGCUGAGAAGUUGAUAAAUAAUGACACAACGGGUCUUUACACAGAUGCGCUGAAAUUUGAUAUCAAAGUGCGACGCCGUGCCACCAUGUACGUGAUGAACCUCRUGCUCCCCAGCUGCUUCCUCAUCACUGUGGACCUCUUCAGCUUCCUGCUGCCUCCACAGAACAUCGACCGGUCCUCCUUCAAGAUGACCCUCAUCCUGGGCUACACCGUCUUCCUGCUCAUCAUGAACGACCUGCUGCCGGUCACUGGAAACACCAUCCCUCUCAUAAAUGUGUUCUUCUCUCUGUGUCUGGCUCUGAUGGUGGCCAGUCUUCUGGAGACGAUCCUCGUCACCAACCUGUUGUGCAAUUCAAAGGAAUUCUCUCCUGUCCCCGGAUGGAUUAACGUGCUCGUCCUGAACUUUCUCGGCUGUCUUGUUUGCAUGCCUCGAAAGACUCAGAGAACAGAAAACCCAGUAACAAGGACCGGCACUGUGGUGGCAAAUAAUGYACCCCCAGAAAUAAAGGGAGCAGCUGAGGAUGGUAAGGCCCUGCAGGAGCUGAGGAGCCUGAGCCAAGUCCUCCGGUCCAUCCGCAGCCAGGUGGAGCAGCAGCAGCAGAAAGGCAACCAGAGCUCCGAGGACUGGAUCCAGUGCUGCCCGAUGAAAGUCAAGCCUUCUAAACAUCUUUUCAUCCUCAUCUCUCUGCUGAUGGUCGCUUCGUGCAGCUCUGACAUCCUGAACUGUUCUCAGCCUACCCCUACCUCUCUGCUGAGUGRUCUACAGCCAGUGUUUGACUUGAACUCCAUCCGUCCUGUAGUUAAUAUAUCAACAACAACCAUCGUUUCCAUUGACUUCAUAUUAUUUGGUAUUUUGGGAGUGGAUGAGAAGGCUCAGGUCCUGACAACCUACAUAUGGCAAUACGUACAAUGGCAAAAUGAAUUCACYGUGUGGGACCAAGACAAAUGUGGCGUUGACUGGAUCGCCAUUCCUCGGACAAUGCUGUGGGUGCCAGAUAUCGUCAUUAAUGAAUUCAUGGAGAAAAACAAUGCUCCGGCCGUCCCGUACACCUACCUUCGCUUUGACGGCGCCGUGUUCGAUGAGCUGCCUGUCAAAGUUGUGAGCUCCUGCCAUCUUGACAUCUAUUUGUUUCCUUUCGACAUUCAGAACUGCACUUUUACUUUCAACUCCUAUAUUUAUGAUGACAAUGCCAUUCAACUAAAAUCUGAAAUGUCAGGAGAGCAAAUACUGACAGCAUCAAAAGAUGCAAUGGCGACCAUGGGUGAAUGGGAGUUAGUUGGAAUUAAAACAGAGCUCAAAACGAUAAAAAUUUCAGACGACUUCUCUUAUCAAGAGCUUCAUUAUUAUAUCUCUCUCCGGCGCCAGCCUUUCAUGUACGUUCUGAACCUCGUGAUCCCCACUUGUUUCCUCAUCACCGUGGACCUCUUCAGCUUUAUACUGCCUGCACAYAGCAUCGACCGGUCCUUGUUCAAGAUGACCCUCAUCCUGGGCUACACCGUCUUCCUGCUCAGCACGAACGACCUGCUGCCGAUCACCGGAAACACCAUUCCGCUCAUAAAUGUGUUCCUGUCUCUCUGCCUGUCCAUGAUGGUUACCAGUCUGCUGGAGACCAUCUUCAUCACCAACCUUCUGCUCGGCUCCUCCACCUACACGCCACCUCCUCGCUGGAUCAGAGUGUUAGUUCUUCGUAUCUUGGGUCGACUAGUUGGACUUCCUCCCAAACCCGCCCAACAAGAAGACACGGUGAUCCAAAAUCCUGUUGCACAAGAAAUGAAGGAUUUACCCCAAAUGGAUAAAGCAGCCGAGGCUUCAGAGCAGAAGGAGCCUCUGAACGAAGACACGACCGUGCAUGUGUUGAAGGAGCUGAGCGCUGAUCUCCAAGCCAUCCACCGUCAGGUUGUACAUCAGCUGCAGGGACAGCCCAGCUCRGAGGAGUGGAUCCAGGUCGGCUUCGUCAUCGACCGCCUGUUGUUCAUCCUCUACAUCAUCUUCAUAUCCGUCAGCUUCGUCGCCAUCAUCGUCAUCUGGGUGAACUCGUACUACAACGUCUGAGUUGAUGUAUUUGAGUCUUUUUUGCCUGCUUUUGGGUCCUGCUGCAGCAAGGACAAGGAUGGCCUUUAGUUGUAGAAUUACAGCAAAGGCUAAUGACAAACAGUCAAACUUCAGUUCGUCUCAUGAGCAAAGGUGGUCACUUUUUACUCUCAAUAAAUGUAACGUUUACGUCAAUAUAUAACUACAUUUUACACAACGCCAUCAUCUUGGUGCAUAGUUCUCCCAUGCUUGCUUUUAAAGAAAACAGAUUGCAUUUGUUUAAAUUAGUAAAUCGGUUCCAAACUACUGAUUAGACCACAUGACAUUUUUGUUUCAGUUAUCAUAAAAUAAAGUUCUCUGCUCCGG